UUGUUUUGAAGAAGGUCUGGUUGUUUAAGGUGUCAAGUCUUGUUUUCUUCCGACAGCUGAUCGACCUGUACGAAGCGAGCUGGCUGGUCGCUGCCGAAGGCGAACUCUAGGUCGAAGAGCCGUCUCGUGAAGAACAAAAGCUACUAGACGAUUACGUUCCCUCUCUGGACAUGUUCUGUCAUGUUUUCGGUAUUGACACAUUUACAAUAGCUUAGCAGAGCUAGAAUUCGAUUUCGUAGAGCGCCGGCUACUAAAUUCAAAUCGGGCCUAGGGUUAAAAUGGUUUUGUGAAUCGCCGUCGAACCAUGUCGUCGAGGGUCCUUCGCAAACUCGGCCUGCAGGGAGAAAAGGAGCUGAGCUGUCUCGGCGAUGACGGAGGGAGCGACACGGAAGCGGAUUUCUCGACUUCCAGCAACACGAAGAAGAAACAGCUCAACAUAAACAGAUACGACUUGCUGAACCAGUUGUCCCACUCGGAGAGUGAAGUGAAGGAAGACGACGACCACGAGACGGCCGGGUCUCUCAACGCCCAAGAAGGCGCCAUCGACGUCAAAGACGCCUCAAGGAGGAAGAAGAAGAAGAAGAAAAAGAAACCUUGCAAAAUACCAAGCAGCAAUACGAGGAGUAGCGAAGACAACAUCGAGGAUGAAGUUGAAAAGUCAGUACGAGAAGUAAAUGCACUUUUGGGAGAAAUACAGGGCGUUGGGCCAGUUCAGAGUUCCGAUGUCCAAAUCCCCAGCAGUGCCAGAAAAGGGGUACUCAGUGUUGACCAUAGAAUGCUAAAUCCUAAUAACGAACUCCGUCGUAUUUUCGGCGCAAAAAUCAUUCAGAGUGAACAGAUGAAGAAAAGGGGCCGUGGAAGUCGAGGUCAUUUAAAGACGACAUGGCUAGUCUCGCCUAAGGACUAUUGGUAUCAAAUUGAAAAGCCAGGCCUGUCCAUGAAACUUGUCGAGACGAAAAAUGGUGUUCAAUACUUUUCCUAUGAGCACUCUCUGAGUUACCAGGAAGUCCAAAUGAGAUUCCUAGAUGCUGUAGAGAGUUUAAACCCUGAAUUUAUUAUGAGGAUUAUCAAUUCUCAUCCGUAUCACGUUGAUGCACUGCUUCAACUGUCAGACAUUUGCAAACUCAGUGAAGACCUUUCCAUGGCGACAGAACUAGUUCAAAGAGCGCUUUACUGUUUAGAGUGUGCUUUCCAUCCCUCUUUUUCAGUCGCAUCGGGAAACUGCCGUUUGGAUUAUCGCAAACAAGAAAACAGGUCUUUGUACAUAGCAUUGUUCAAACACAUGAUGUAUAUCGGGUCGAGAGCUUGUUACCGCACUUCGCUCGAGUUUUGCAAGCUGAUUCUUUCCUUGGAUCCAGAAGGCGACCCGCUCGCCGUUGUCCUCGUAAUGGAUUUCUACGCUCUCCGCUCCCAAGAGUACAAGUGGCUUUUGAGGAUAGCAAAUGAGUGGGAAGCCACAAGAAAUUUAUCACAGUUGCCAAACAUUGCCUACUCUGUUGCGGUCGCCCAUUUUCAACUAGGUGAUUUAGAAACUGCCCACUUGCUACUACAGAAAGCUGUCAUGAUGUUCCCUGGCGUUGUACUUCCAUUGGCAGAAAAGUGUAGUGUACAAGUCGAUACGAAAAUAAGUUCUAGUCAGUUUUUUACUGGCGCAACUGAAAGACAGAGCAAAUCAUUGACACAACUCGAGCUUCUGUACGUUGCAAGGAGUUACCAUAUAUGGAAAGAGCCAGAACUGUUAGCAUGGUUGGAACGUAACGUUCACCAAGUUAUGGAAAGAGUGGAAGCAGACGAUCCAUUUGUUCUAGAGUGGGAGCAAAACAGGCAAAAGAGAUAUCCUUCGACUCCUAGGAACGUUUUACGACAUAUCAUUCUCUCCGACAUAAAAGAUUUGCCCUUAUUGACCAACGAGGACUUUCAAAUUUCAAUGUUCAACUUUGAUCCACUCCCACCCACUGAUUCUAUAAAUCUUUACACAAGACCGAUGAGAACAAGGGCAUAUGAGAAUGACAGCACAUUGUCAAUAUUCAUCCGUUCACUGAUGCCAAACUUCAAUAUAAAUCAGGUCGCAUCAGAUGAGACAGGAGAGGAUGGCGGAGAAGGAUCCGGGGUCGAUCUUAGAAGGAGUGUCACGUCACUUUUGGACGCAAUGCGUGAUCUUCUUUCAAACAUCCAUUUACCCGAUGUACCAGGGGACGGCGAUGUUGAAGACGACCCAGACACAGACACUUAGCUUGUUUUAAUUUACCUAUAACAAGCUUUAAUUGAUGUAAGUUAAGUUUGUCAAAGUAUGCCAUUCUCAUAACAUAUUUACAACCUUAAGUAUAUUUAUUAGAAAUUACCUAAAUAAACGUGAAUUAUAGAGGAUUGGGUUUCUUCCAAUUUACCAUAUAUCACAUUUUGCUUUUUUUUCAUACUGCUUUAAAUUAUAAUACUUAUAGAUGUUCCCAUAUUUUGGUGUGGGUUUGGAGCAGGCCAAACAUUUUAAUUGUUCAUGUAAAUAUUUAAAAUACGAAUAAAAUGCAAAUUAAAUAAGAAAUCUGUUGAUAUUCUUAUACGAAAGUAUAACAGAGUGUGUAAAAA